AUGCGACUACUUCUUGACAAAGGCGCGGACGUCAACGCGCAAGGAGGCAGCUACGGGCGGACGCCACUACAUCUUGCGGUAGAGGCACGCUCUAUACCCGCCGUUGCUCAACUUCUCGAACGAGGCGCUCUAACGAAUAAACAAGAUUUCGGUGGUGCAACCCCACUUCAGCUUGCAGCUCGAAAGAGGGACUACCAAAAUGCGCUACUACUUCUUCCAAGAAGCAUUGACAGUCUCUGCUUCGUGAACGCUUCCAUGUGGAGGAUCCUCUUGCCUGGUUCAGAGCCCCAUCUUGAAAUGACCAACGGGAAGUCUAUGAGUAUUGUGAAGAGGACAGAAAACGACUUAAAGAAUAGGGGGUAUCCGCUUUCUCAUCAUGUCACGGAGCUGGCUGCAAGGGGCGAUGAUUUCAUGGGGGCGGACAUUGCUUCCAGACGUAUUUUUAUUCUUGGCAACGGGGCUCUCUUGUCGUCUUCUUUGACCGGUCCACGUUGCCGUUGGUGGCGUAGAGUGCAACGGCAGGCCCCAGUUGACCAACCUUGGGACCAACGAAGGCAAGAGGUGAACCGAGUAUGGAGAGUCCAGUCUAGCACAGCACCCAGUCGAGCGGCCUUGAUUCAAAUUCCAAAGGAAGAUUUCUUUGUUGAGUGCUGCUUUACUACCCGUGCAAUUACAUUGCGUACCUCCGAAAACUGCAAGUGGCCUAGUUUGUCUGAUACCUCCGAGUUAGAUACACGAGGCUUCGAAAAGACGUAUGGUAUUCUUUGGAUUAUGACCAAGCGUCCGAAUGCGAAGGCUUCAGAGAGCGCUCUGGAAUCAAGAACAUUUUUUAGCACAGCUGAAUACGCACAAUUACCGCCGUGCGCCACGGACCUUUUCGCUCCGCUGGUUCAGCAGCUCCUCGAAGAGUGGCGUCAGACCUUCCAGACAGCGGAAAGUCGUUUGGCAAUGAAGCGCACGGAGUUGCUGAGGGCGAAUGGGAGAAACCCCUGCCUAAUCCGAGACUUGCUGGGCGAUGCCCAACUGUGGGGUCUGUUAGAAAGGACCUAUAACAGGCAAAUAACGGAGCUGGUUGCAUUUCAGGACAGCUAUAGAAGUCAAUCGUGGACUGUGCUUCGUGAGAACGACUCUACAAGUAAUGAACAGGCAAAUGAUGAUUUGGAGUCCUUCCAGGAUGAGGAAUUCAAUCUUACGUCUAUUUCAGAAGCACAGAAAUCAACAUCGACAAACAAGAGCAUGAAGCGCCUUAGCUGGAUUACGUUUGUUUUUCUCCCACUUAUGUUCAUCGCGAGUAUCUUUGGUAUGAAUAUCGACGUCUUAAAGUCCAAUCCGUCGUGGUGGUUGUAUAUUCCCUUUGCUGCGGUCACCACAUUAUUGACGCUGGCCGUGUGGUUGACUUUCAAGUAUAACAGCAAUCUGGAGGAAAGUAUAGAACGUGGAUUCAACCGUCUUACAAGACGCCAGCCUCAGGAAGACCUUGAGAAUGGUCAGCGACUGAGCGUAACUCCACAGCGAAGAACAGCAAUGUUUUCGGCUUUUGGGAAAAAACGAUCCUGA